UCCCUAACGUGAAUCACCGAGAUCUUUACUUAACAAGCCGCGCCUACAGCGAUUACUGUGCCACUGUGCCACUCGUGACUGUGCGCUCAGUCAAUCGGGUUGAUAAACAGUAUUUUGCAUCGUUACCGUGAGGUUGCACGGCGCCGGCCACGGUAGGGGAGGGCUUCGCGGACGCGCAAGACGAGGCGUGUCUGUGCUGUAUGUGACAAACUCCCAAGGUAGAGGCUUUCGCCGAAGAAACUUUCACUGGGGACUGCAGGCUACAGAAGAGCGUGGGUCGAUCAGUCGGUAGAACUGGUUUUGAACCACGCUGGAAAAACUGCAACAAUGCAAACGUUCACGUGUUCGUGGGGAGCUGUCGGAAUGGCGAAACGCUGUUUCUUAUAACGCUGUUUCUGCUUUCGAGCAGCACGGUGCACACGAGUUCAGCGGUCCGGAGUCAGCAGGUAAACUGACCUGUGGGUGUAUUUGCGAGUGUCUUGACGUGUGUGUGCGCGUGUGAGUAUUCUUCGGUGGAUGAGGCAGGCUGAAGCCCGCUGGUGUGAGCAGUGUCCUCAUGGCGGCAUUCUUCAUCCUCCUCCUCUUCCUCUUCCAGUCUCCCGCUGUUCUCUCUCGCCCCACCACCGAGACGCUCUCGGCUACCCGGCCCGUCAUCCUGCCCCAGGAGGGACCCUCCCCCAUGCCCCCCUUCAUCCAGGAGCCCCUGAAUGCCACACAGUGUCUCCCCAGUGUCCUCAUCAUCGGGGUGCGUAAGGGAGGCACACGGGCACUGAUCGAGAUGCUCAGCUUGCACAGCGACGUCGUGGCCGCACAGAACGAGGUGCACUUCUUUGACUGGGACUCCCACUACCAGCAGGGCCUGGGCUGGUACGCCUCCCAGAUGCCCCCCGCUCUGCCGGGGCAGCUGACAGUGGAGAAGAGCCCCGCCUAUUUCACCUCCAGCAAGGUCCCGGAGCGCGUGCGCCACAUGAACCCCGGCGUGCGCCUGCUCCUGAUCGUGCGCGACCCCGUGGAGCGCGUGCUGUCCGACUACACGCAGGUCUUCCACAACCACCUGCAGAAGCGCAAGCGCCCGCGGCCCCUGGAGGCCCUGCUGCUGAGGGCCGGCGAGGUGAACGCCGCCUACAAGGCGGUGAACCGCAGCAUAUACCAUGAGCACAUGCGGCGCUGGCUGGCCACCUUCCCUCGCACCAGCUUCCACCUGGUGGACGGGGACGCGCUCAUCCGAGAGCCCCUGGCUGAGAUGCAGGGCGUGGAGCGCUUUCUGGGCCUGCGGCCGCAAAUCAGCACAAACAACUUUUACUUCAACAGGACGAAGGGCUUCUAUUGCCUGCGGCAGCACGGGCAUGAGCGCUGCCUGCAUGAGUCAAAGGGGCGAGCACACCCACGCCUGCCGCCCGAUGUCCUGCAGAAGCUGCGUGACUUCUUUCACGAGCCCAACAGGAAGUUCUUCCAGCUGGUGGGAAGAGCGUUUGACUGGGACUGAGUGACAGCAGCACGGCGCUGGAUCUGACCAUUAUUGAGCAACACAGGAACCCUGCUGACCGUAACUCAGCAUGUCUGUAGCCCAACGUGUCUGUAGUUCAGUGUGUCUGUAGCUCAGCAUGCCUGUAGCACAGCAUAUCUGUAGCUCAGCGUGUGCUUAUAUUUUGAUAAUCAGUGAAAGGAGCAAGAUCGAAUGCCAAAACUUUUUAAAAUUGGAUUUAAAAAACAAUUCAAACCAGUAAAUAACUUCUACCAGACAGGAUUCUGUUCAGCACACUGAGAUGGUUUGAUGUUUUAUAUAGAUCUCACACACUCAUGCAUGCACGAGCACACACACACACACACACACACACACACACACACACACACACACACACACACACACACACACACACACACACACACACAGACAGACAGAGACAGUUCUUUGGCUGUGUCAGCUAAUCAUGAUGAA